CCUCCUCGACACAACUGCAGCAUGUGCUGCUUAACCAGAGAUGUCCAACACGCUCAGUGUACAGCGCAGUCAGUGUAGAAACACAGAAUGGAGCAUUUCAGCAGAUUGACAGCUCCUGCUACUGAUAAACUCAGGCAGAUCCAAAAAAUCGUUCAAGACAUAAAAAAGAACGACGACAGCCUUUUCAACAGACUAAAAAGGUUUCAGAACGAACAAACAGCUAAUAUUCUCAAAACUGGGAGAAAUACGCUGGACCGAAUAAAGAAGAAAAGACCUCCGAAAGUACCAGUGCGAGAUUAUCAAGGCGAAGCUCCGGAUUUUGAGAAAUACUCUGAUUCAGAUUUUGACAGCGAUACGUACGAGGACCCUCAGGACGAUCAUGAUGACAACUACGAGCCUCCGCCGAGGCUUGAAGGACACAUGAGGGCCUUUAAGGGCAGCUCGUCCAUCAGCAGCCCCAGAGCAGAGUAUGUGGACAGCUGUCGAGGUCGACCGGCAAAACCAAACCAUCCUUUCCAUGUGCAACAGAGGCCCAAACCCCCACGACCGACCCACCGCAGCCUGCCAGAGGAAGAUGUUGGCGAUUACAUUGAGCCAGAAGAACAAACAGCUGAUGAUAAUUACAUUGACCCCAAUAAGAAAACACUAAUAAAGCCGCAGAUCAACAGAGCAGUCAAACCGUGGACUCCUGCUCGUGUAAACGCUCCGGAUUUCUGUGAGUUUCCUGAGAUGAAGGAGAAUUCUCACUCUAAGACAAGCAGGAGUAACAGGACUCUACAACCCAACACACAUAUGGCGCCACCUAAAGCCAGUCCACGAAUGAACAUCAGAAGGCCAUCAACUCCAGAACCACAGUCAGAGGACGAGUAUGAGGUGUGUGACGCAGACGACAAUGUCAAUGAGGAGACCACAGAGGCCUGGAGACCAUCAGUGCCCACACCACAACCUAGAGACCUGAAGAAACCUAAUCCUGCUAUGACACCGAAACCCAACAUUGCUCACAGAGACAGUGGAGCCACAUCUAUUAAAACAACACCAGCAACUAUAUCACGAAGCCCACCGGACAACAUGCCAAGCUCAACAGGGUUCCAUCGAGCAAAAUACAUGCCUCAGCCUCAACAGCUUCCCGCCCAAAGCAGAGGGACGUUGCCUUCAGACGGCAGAUCAGCCAGAGAUGCUGAAGAGGAAGCUGGUGUGUAUAAAAAGGUUUGGUAUGCCAGCAAAUGUGACCGCAGGACAGCAGAGGACGCUCUCAUACGCUCAGCUGAGGACGGCUCUUUUCUGCUCAGGAAGAGCUCUGGUGUGGACACGCAGCAGCCGUACACACUGGUGGUGUUUUAUAACAGCCGAGUUUACAACAUCCCUGUCCGCUACAUCGCUUCCACCAAACAGUAUGCUUUGGGGAAAGAAAAACAAGGAGAGGAGCGCUUCAGCAGCGUCUCAGACAUCAUUGAGAACCACCAGAAGAAUCCUCUAGUGCUGGUCGACUCUCAAUGCAACACCAAAGACUCCACCAAACUCAGACACGCAGUCAAGCCAUGAGACAUUCAUGACACAUAUCACUGCAUUGAG